ACUAUUUUCCAUAAUAUUACAAGAAGAUUACUAAAAAGCUGAAUCAAAAUGAAAGACAUAGGAGCAUUACGCAUUAUCAUGCGCGUAAUGAUAAAUUUCACUAACAUAACCAUUUUUUGUAACAAACCAGUACUAUAUAUAUGAGGUGGUAAUAAUUUUUAUUUUAUAUUACAAAGAAAUAAUAUAAAAUAAAAUAAUCACCUAUUGGAGUGAAAAUGUUUGCGAGAGUUACUUUUUAUCCGACGUUAUUAUAUAAUAUUUUGAUGGAAAAAAUAACGUCUAGAAAUUGGUAUGAUAGAAUUGAUGAAACUGUAAUUUUGGGUGCACUGCCUUUUCGAACUAUGACAAAAAAGUUAGUUGAAAAAGAAAAUGUGAAAGCAGUAAUUUCUAUGAAUGAAGAUUACGAGUUAGCCUUAUUAUCUAAUUCAGAAAAGGACUGGAAGAAGUACAAUGUGGAAUUUUUACAAUUAUCAACAACAGAUAUUUUUGAAGCACCUUGCCAAAAAAAGUUAAAAAUAGGUGUAGAUUUUAUAAAUAAAUUUCAUUGUACAAAUAGAACAUUAAAAAAUGACAAUCACAGUAAUGAUACCAGAGAAAUGGGAACAGUUUAUGUUCAUUGCAAAGCAGGCAGGACACGUAGUGCAACACUUGUUGGAUGUUAUUUAAUGAUGAAAAAUGGUUGGAUUCCUGAAGAAGCAGUGGAUUAUAUGAAAAGUAAAAGACAACAUAUAUUACUUCACAGAGUCCAAUGGCAUGCAUUAAGACUUUUUUAUGAAACACAUAUUCAAAAUCAUAGACAAUAAACAUUAAAAUUUAAUUAUGUAUAAUAUACAGAAAAAUAAUUUAAUAAAAAAUAAUAUUCAAAAUGUAAAUACAAAAAGUAAUCACCUGAUAUUUUAAUAAUAAAUUUAAAUAUUUAUA